AUGACAAAGUGGACUAAGAGUGGAGCUGAGGUGGACCACAGACAGUCCUGUGACAUGACCCACCUGCACAAGAAGCCAACAUCUCACCGGUUUCAAGAUGUAUUUGUGCACGUUGUGCUGUCUUCAAUAUCUGUGCUCAUUAUUGUUCUCAACCUGCUCGUCAUCAUCUCAGUCUCCUACUUCAGGCAACUCCACACACCCACUAACAUCCUCCUGCUCUCUCUAGCUGUUUCUGACUUUCUUGUGGGCUCCGUGUUGCUGCCGGGAGAUAUUUACGCACAAACCCAGUGCUGGUUUCUUGGAGAAGUGAUGUGUUCUCUUUGUAAUUAUGUGAUCAACAUUGUUUUGAGUGCUUCAGUAGGAAACAUGGUGCUUAUUUCAAUUGACCGAUAUGUUGCUAUUUGUCAUCCUCUGCAUUAUCCCACCAGAGUCACCGUGACAAAAGCCAAACUGUAUGUGUUUCUGUGUUGGUUCUGUUCCUUUUUCUGUAUUAGUAUUGUUUUUAAGGAUGUGCUGAAUCAACCAAGCAUAACUAAUUCCUGCGAUGGAGAAUGUGUUGUUGUUUUCAGCAACAUUGCAUUUGUUACUGACCUUAUUUUAAACUUUAUUGGUCCAGUUAUAGCCAUUAUAUUUCUAUAUAUGAGAGUGUUUGUGGUGGCUGUGUCUCAGGCUCGUGCCAUGCGCUCUCACACUGCAGCUGUCACACAUCAGCAUUCAGUGACACUAAGUAAAAGAAAAUCUGAGUUGAAAGCAGCCAGGACUCUGGGUGUUAUCGUUCUUGUGUUUCUAAUAUGUUUCUGCCCAUUUUACUGUGUCUCCCUUGCAGGAGCCAGCCCUUAUUCUGUAAAUGUUGCAUCUAUAAUGUAUUAUAUGAACUCCUGUCUAAAUCCUCUGAUCUAUGCCCUGUUUUAUCCCUGGUUUAGAAAGGCUGUGAAACAUAUUGUCACUCUGCAGAUACUGCAGCCUGGCUCCUCUGAGGUCAGCAUGUUUAAGUAA